AAAAACAACAUACAGACAUCCAAGUGGUUUGAAGAAAAUUGAAGUUGCUUGCACAGACAAAAUUGCGGUUUAAGGUCCCCACAGCCCAGUAGUUAGUUUGAAUGACGUUUCCUAAGGGGAAAAUUUUGAUUCCUUUAAGCAUCUAUAUAUUGCCCACAUCACCCCCUCCCUCUUCAUUUCCUCACAAACAAAUCCUUUCUCACUUUUCACUCGCAAAUUAAGAUUUAGCUGAAAUGGCAUUUGCUGGGCUUCUUUUUCUGGGAUUUCUUUCUUUAGCUUCAUUCGUUUCUGGGGAUGAUGGGGGCUGGAUUGAUGCUCAUGCUACCUUCUAUGGAGGUGGUGAUGCCUCUGGUACAAUGGGUGGGGCUUGUGGGUAUGGAAACCUAUACAGCCAAGGUUACGGGAAAGACAAUGCAGCUUUGAGCACAGCAUUGUUCAACAAUGGCUUGAGCUGUGGAGCCUGUUUUGAAAUAAAAUGUAGGGAUGACCCGCAGUGGUGCCUACCAGGCUCAAUUGUGGUUACAGCUACCAAUUUCUGCCCACCGAACAACGCCCUCCCUAACAAUGCCGGAGGCUGGUGCAAUCCUCCUCUGCAUCAUUUUGAUCUCGCUCAGCCUGUCUUCGAGCGAAUUGCUAAGUUUAGAGCAGGGAUUGUGCCCGUGUCUUAUAGAAGGAUACCAUGCGAGAAGAAAGGAGGAAUAAGAUUCACAAUCAAUGGGCACUCAUACUUCAACUUAAUACUGAUAACCAACGUUGGAGGUGCUGGCGAUAUUCAUGCAGUUUCAGUAAAAGGGUCAAAAACUGGAUGGCAACCCAUGUCAAGAAACUGGGGUCAAAACUGGCAAAGCAACGCAUACCUUAACGGACAAAGCCUCUCGUUUAUGGUGACAACCAGUGAUGGACGCUCUGCGGUCUGUAAUGAUGUAGUACCAGCUAGGUGGUCGUUUGGCCAGACCUUCAUCACCGAUCAACAGUUUGAUUAAAUCUAAAGACCAAACCAAACAAUUGCUGUACAAGUCAAUAAAUGAAUACAUAAGGAGGGGUGUUAGUUUUAAGGUCAGAAAAUUUGACAGGGCUUAGUUUAAAAUGUAGUUCUUGUCUAUUGUCGUUUCUAGAUUUCAUUAUGAUGUAGGUUUAGUUCUGCUCUGCUAUCUCUGAAAAGGCAGGCAGACUGGAAAUUUAGCUGCGGUGGACAUUCGCCACCCGCAAAAUUAUUUUGUUUCAUUUUUGGUUUCUUUGUUGAUUUAUAGAAAGCAAAUUUGGUUGGCCAUGCAGCCGCUAUUACCAGCCUUUUGCUGGUUGAUGGCGUAGCAACUUGUGACUUCCUCAACUCUUACCAUUGCUGUUUAAUAAAAAGUGUGCCAAUUUUGUUUUUA